UUUAAUCAAGCAUUAUUGGGUUGUAAAAGGGGCGGCAGAAAAAUGACGGAAAACGUAGAUCAGUUUAACGAUGAUGAGCUUCAUGCACCGGCUUGGCUAAAUGCCCAGUUUCUUGGUGAAAUACUAAGCACCUAUAAAAAGGAUCCGGAAUUGAAAGUAACUGAUUUGGAGAUCACGCCAGGAACUGCCCAGGGAGAUCACUAUGCUAGUGUUAUGUUCCGAGCCAAGGUCGAAUACACAACAUCAAUAGGAAAGUUCUCCAAAUCAUUGAUCAUCAAAACGAUGCCGGAAGUGGAAGGUGCUAAAAAAGACAUGCUGGCCGAGUCGCAUCUGUUCGAAACUGAAAUCGGAAUGUACAGCAAGGUGCUUCCGGAAUUCGAAAGGAUUCUCCGGGAGGCAGGAGAUAGCACUAAGCUCUAUGUGCCCUGCAUUUAUCACAGCCUGGAACCGCGUCAGGUUAUAGUUUUCGAGGAUUUGGUGCCGCAAGGAUAUUCCGUCAUGAGAGAUCGUUCGCCUACUCUGGUGGAACUGAAAGCAGUGUACUCUAAAUUGGCCAAAUUGCACGCCAUCAGUAUGAAAGUUUUGAAUGAGCAACCAGAGUUUUUGAAAGAAUUCAAGUAUGGAAUGUGCGGUAUGCCUGCCUUUUUGGAUACGCCUAUGGUAACCUCAGGAAUGCCAAACUUCCUGAAUAUGCUGGACAAAACCCCUGAGCUGCUAAAGUACAAGCCUUAUUUCGCGAAAAUAAAUGAAAGCUACAUGCAACGCCAGGCUAAAGUAUUAGAGGAAUAUCGCAAGAACCGGCAACCCGAUGGAUUUUACGUUUUAUCCCACGGAGACUUUCAUCUCCGAAACAUGAUGUUUAAAAAUAAUAAGGAGUCUGGUGAAUUCGACGACGUUAUGUUGCUGGACUUUCAGAUCUCCAAUAUUGCGCCUCCAACAGUUGAUUUAAUAUAUUCCGUCUAUUUGCUCAUGGAUGCGGAACAGCGUUGGAAUCUGAAAGAGGAGUUGAUCAAUUAUUACUUUUCCGUUUUGAAUCAUACUCUAAGAAAAAUUAAAUUUAAGGGCAAAAUUCCCAGUCAAGACAGACUGUGGGAGUUAAUUUUACAUCACAAAUAUUAUGAUUUCUUCCUGGCUACUACGUUUUUGCCAAACAUUUUGGCGGUACAAGAAAAUACUUAUAAACUUGAAGAUAUCAUUAUGAAUGAUGAAAUUCGGCAGAAAACUUACUUUUCAGAGAAAGUUAUUCAGGAUUUUAGUAAAUUAUUACCUGAAUACGAAAAAUUGGGAUAUUUUAAGAAUCUGUAGAUACUCACAAAUGCAUUCUGUAAUAUAAUACACAUGAAGACUGUUUUCAUUGUUUACUUAAUUGUUUUAAUAAAUGGAAAUAAUUUAUAUUUUGUAUAG